AUGGCCUCCAAAACUCCGAGCCCUCCUCAACCAAAGUUGAAACAAGAGUCCACAGACACGACCAAAGGUUCAAUCGCGCUGGGCGACGCAGAAUCGUUCCACCCAGACAACAUAACACUUCCUACCUUUCGCAACCUCCUAAGCUACUACCCUAAGACGGUCGAGCAGGUCCGCCGAAAUAAGCUCAUAUCAAAGCUCCAAUCCAAGUCGAAGGGCGCAAAAGGCAAAACGGACAAGAAGGCCAACGCAACGGCUCUACAGAACAAGGAGCUUGAUCCCUCGCAACAAGCACACAUUGACGCUGAAGUCGAGAAGUUCGUUAAACUUGACCAGUGGCGUUAUGAGGAUAUGCCUGGAAUCAUUGAGGAGAGAAAGGCUUCGAAUGAAGAGGUAGUGAAUAAGGAGGAUCUCAUUACUGUUAUGGAGUGGAAGACAACACACGGCACACCCAGACCAAUGCUAAUGGGCAUGAUAAAAUCCAACCAAAGCAACCUGGUACGUGGAUGCACAUUGGCUGCUAUAUCGACACUACCAACCGCAAACCCAAUCCUCGAUGCGCAGAAUGCGUUUCCAAAAACCAGUAUGAAUGCACUACAGCCCCUCCGCGGUGUUGGAGUAGCAACCGCCUCUCUUGUCCUAUCCAUCGUAACGGGGCGUAGCGAAUAUGCGCAGCAGAUUCCCUUUUACAGCGAUGAUAUGUUCCUGUGGCUUGUUGUAAAGGAUUACCCAACUCCGACGAAAUCGAGUUCGAAGCGCAAAGUUAAUUCAAAGUUCUUGCGUCCGAAUGGGGAGUUGAAUGUUCGGUAUACUUUGAAUGAGUAUCGGGAGUUGUGGGAUGCGUGUGCGGAAUUGCGGAUGCGGCUUAAUAAGGAAGUUGAGGGAAAGGAUGAAGGGAUCGUCUCUCAAAAUGAUAUUGAGAAGGUUGCGUAUGUCUUGCGCAAUAUUGAUGUCUCGGAGUUCUAUGGUGAAGGCUAUGAUACUGUCAUUGCUGAUGUGCAGAAGGGGGUGGAGGAUGUUGCUGAGGUCAAUAAGAAGCGGAAGCGGGAGGAGACAUCUGAGUCGAAAGGUGUGACAAGGAUGACUAGGAGUAAGAAGAAGGCUGAGUGA